ACAUUUGUAGAGGGACACAAAUAACGAAGUGUUGGUAGCUUAUUGUCUAUUAUUCAUAUAUGUAAGAUACUCCUAUAAAUAGAUAUGCUACAAAACUUUAUUUAAUAGAUGUUUUUCAGAUAACAUAUAGUUACCCAGUUAUGAAGACCUAUCUAAUUUACUUUUUGCUAGCAGUUCAUAUUCAAGAUCAAUGCAAAUCACAGCCGUGUCAGGUCGGUUAUUAUCGAAAUAAUAAUCAAAUUUGUAAACGCUGCUUUAUCAACUGUAUAUUAUGCACCGACUGGAACACUUGCAAUUCUUGUUACACGGGAUAUCAUGGUACGCAGUGUCAUUUAGAUUGUUCAACAGGUUGCCAAGGUAGCAUCUGUACUAAAGAAACCGGAGCAUGUACAUGUCUUUGGGGAUACACUGGAGACAAAUGCGACUCGUGUCAGGUCGGUUAUUACCUCUUUAAUGACCUUUGUACAGAAUGCAGGGACGGCUGUUUAUCCUGCACAGGCUAUAAUACUUGCAAUUCAUGUAAACCAGGAUAUUACAAAUUGUACGAUAGUUGUGACCAAUGCAGUCCCAAAUGUAUAUCCUGCACAAAUUGGUACACUUGCAAUGCCUGUGAAACGGGUUAUUAUGGUACGCAAUGUGAGUUAUCUUGCUCAACAGGUUGCAAAGGUGGCGUCUGUAAUAAGGAAACUGGAGCAUGUACAUGUUCUGCAGCAUUCACUGGAAGCAAAUGCGACUCGUGUCUGCCGGGUAAUUAUGGAGACGAGUGCAGACCGUGCUCAUACGGUUGCCAAGAUACAUGUGAUAGAAGCAGUGGAACUUGCUCGUGUAAGCCAACACAUUCAGGCCCGUCGUGUGAGACGUGCAUUGAAGGACGGUAUGGGCAAUAUUGCACACAAACGUGUAGACAUAAUUGCAAAUCCUGUAUGGAAGAAAACACUUGUCUUUCCUGCACACAAGGGUUUUAUGGACCUGUUUGCGGUAAUGUAUGCCCGAAUAAUUGCUUGACAUGUGUAUCAAGCGACGAAUGUUUGCAAUGUAAAUCGGGAUAUUAUGGGGCUUCCUGCCAAAUUUCAUGUGGUGUUGGAUGUUUAAACGGAUUAUGUGACAAACAAUCCGGAGCGUGUUCACCGUGCAUGGGCGGGUACCGUGAUACCAAAUGUACAUACAAUUGCUCUGAAGGAUGUAUUGACAAGCUAUGUCGCCAGAACGAUGCCGUGUGUACACUCGGAUGUCAGCCGGGAUACUCCAGUGCAUAUUGCUGUCAGCCAGGUAUGGUUGGAUGGUCGUGUGAGAUAAACUGCCCCACAAACUGUGCUACAUGUACAUCCUUGACGGAAUGUCAAACUUGUAAAGAGGCUUUUUAUGGAUCGCAAUGUAAUCAAAAUUGUCCUGAAAUGUGCAAAACUUGCACAUCGCCCUCUUACUGUCCUGCGUGCAAAAACGGAUAUAGCGGGGAUUCAUGUCAAAGGCGCUGUCCUGACAAAUGCUUGACAUGUAAUAAUGAUGGCACAUGUCACGCAUGCAAAGACGGUUUUUCGAGGCCCGAUACAAACUGUCAGUGUUUAAGUACUCUGUGUAUGUCUCCGGAGUGCAGAUCUUGUGCGAAUUCUUCUUACUAUGCAGAAGGCUCUACAUGUUGUCCGUGCAACAUUAAUUGUAAACAUGGCACAUGCAAGUCAGCUUAUCAUUGCACAGACGGAUGUGAAGAUGGCUUUUUCGGACCCAAGUGUGAGUUCCAAUGCACACAGAUAAACAAAGAAUGUUCUGUGUGUAGUGGGGAUUCUCUUGAGUCAUCUUUUUGUAAAACCUGUACUAAUGGAUAUUAUCCUGAUACAAAGCGUACAUGUGUGCAGUGUUCAAAAUUGUGUGUGGAAGAUCAAUGUAAUAGUUCUAAUGGACAUUGUAAAAAGGGCUGCAAAUAUGGUUUCUGGAAUCCAAAGUGCGAUCGAAAUUGCAGUGAAAAGUGUGCAGUAUGCAACCAGGAUAGCGGAGACUGUUUAACUUGCUCACUGACAAGUGUUUUCGGUGCAAACUGCGAUAUGCCAUGUAGUAAAACAUGUGUCGAUGCAUCGUGUCAUAUGAAUGGAACUUGCACGAACGGCUGCAUUUCUGAUUACUACGGCCCAUCCUGUGAGCAAUGUCCUAUACAUUGUGCCCGUGGUGCUAACGUAACCAGAUGUUCCCAUGCAACAGGAUUAUGUUUGUUUGGCUGCAACGAGGGAUUUAAAGGAGACGGCUGCAUGGAAGCUCUCAAGUUAGACAACAGUAAAGAUACAGGACCAGCAAUAGGAGGAGCGGUUGCAGCGGUCGUGGUAGUUAGUAUUGUGGUAGCCGUGGGAUUAUUUAUUUUCGUUCGUAGAAGAACACAUAGACCAAAGAAUGAAACCAUCCCAGAGGCAUCAAACAAUGCAAGCAACUCGUCUGCACCAGUCUAUGCAUCGGUCCAGCGCAGAGAGCAUCCAGUUUCGGAGUAUGAAAACACGUCAUCAGUGAAAGCCAAUAACACUCCAGUGCAAGUGCACAACCCUGUUUACACAAACAGUCGUCUUAUUCCAGUCUCAACAAGGGAUGGUAAUUCAAUAAUCACAGAAGACAGUUUAGAAAUCGAUGCAUGGGACAGUAUCGCUCGCAAUAAUGCAAUCAAAUUCGAAGAAAACGGAGGGGUGUACUACAACAACAACGAGAAAGUGAAGGCACUGAAAAUUCAAGUUGCAGAACUGAAGACAUUUGUGAUGUCAAAGAAUAUGGACUGCUUCAAGAAAGAGUUUGAGAAACUUCCGUAUGGGCUUCUAAAAGAGUACCAGGUUUCGCAAAUGCAGGCAAAUAUUGGCAAAAACAGAUACAAAGGCAUUUAUCCGUAUGAUGACUACAGGGUGAAGGUUCGAGGUGGAGACACCGACUAUAUCAACGCUAGUUUCAUUGACGGUUACACAAGGAGAAACGAAUACAUCGCAACAUUGGGUCCCAUGUCUAAACAACUUGGCAAUUUUGCGACUUUCUGGAGAAUGGUGUGGCAACAAAACGUUGAGAAAAUUGUAAUGGUAACAAAUCUGGUGGAGGAAGGGAAAGACAAAUGCGAGAAGUACUGGCCCAGUGUUGGUGCCCCUCAAAUGUACGAUGAUAUUCAAGUGUCUUGCCAGAGUGAAGACGAUUAUGCGGAAUUUACACGACGAACGUUUACUGUUAUAAAGGACAGACAAACGCGGACUUUGACUCAGUUACAUUUCACAUCGUGGCCCGAUAAAGAUGUCCCAGAAGACGUUACAUCAAUCAUCGAGUUCAGGCAGAAAGUCUUACGUGUUCCUGCGACACUUCUAGGACCCACAAUCGUGCACUGCAGUGCAGGCAUAGGGCGCACAGGUACUUACAUUGCUAUCGAUAUUCUCACAAAAGAGGGAGAAGCAGAAGGGUCUAUAGAUAUUCCUGGCUGUGUAUUGAACAUGCGACAAAACAGGCCUUAUAUGGUACAGACAGCGGGACAGUACGCGUAUCUUCAUCAUGCCGUUGUCCACUCGCUCAUAUUUGAAUGUCAGCCAGUUGCCAGUGGAAAGUUCCAAUUGUACAUGGACACGACAUCAAAAGAUAACAUCAGGAACAUAUUUCACCAAUUGAAAGAGACAUCGUCUUGCGAGUCAUCGGAUGAAAUCGAAGCAGUUGCAAGAAACGCAAAACGUUCUGACAAGAACAGAGAGGGAGCUGAUGUCCCAGGUGACGCGAAACGGCCGAAGGUAUACCUAAACCGGAAACCAGGUUCCACAGAUUAUAUAAAUGCAGUUUUUGUGAAUAGUUUCCAAAAAAAGAAUAAUUACAUCCUUGCACAAACACCUUUACCAAACACUGUCAUCGAUUUCGUCGCAUUGCUUGUCCAAACAAACUGUGCGUGCAUUGUAAGUUUGGAAUCAGCAAAUAUGAAUGCUGGGUUUAAGGACAUCGGUGUAUACUUACCUGCGGACAAUCAGGUGUUGAAGAAUGGAAUAUUCAGCGUCCGUUGUUCGAAGACAGAGGCAAAUGAGUACCGAAAUAAACGGACGUUGACCGUUGAGCAUCGAGCGAAUCAGGCAAACGAAGCUUUGUCUUUAACGUACCUGGAGUUUACAGACUGGAACACGGAAGAGAGAAUACCAUAUUCUCCUGCUAAUUUCCGCCGAUUCAUUGCAGAAGUUGACGCAGUAACAGCCAAUAGCUCUGAUCGACCAGUUAUGAUACAUUGUCUGGAUGGUGCCAGUAAAUGCGGCCUAUUCUGUGUGGUUGCAACUCUCCUACAAAAGAUGGAGGUGGAACAUGAAGUCAGCGUAGCGAACGCUGUGCGGAAGGUUAAGACAAGAAGAAAGGGCGCGAUCCCUAACUUAGAGCAGUUUCAGUUCUGCCAUGACUGUGUCCUUGACUUCACACAGAGCUUCAACAUCUACUCAAAUAUCGCCGCUGAGCUCUCCGAUUGCUGAGUUCAUGUUGUAUGAAACACCUUGGCACUUGGCUUCAUUCAGAGCUGCAACAUUUACUCCAACUUCAACGCUGAGCUCUCCGAUUUCGCGGCCUUCAGGAAGUUUGACUUUCCCUGGACUAGACUACACUCAAACAUUCCCAAUCUACUCCGAUGUAGGAGUUCAAGUUGUCUGUCAUGACUGUGUCCAUUGCUAUAUUCAAAGUUGGCUUUGACAACUACUCCAAUUUCGCUGCUGCUCUUUCCGAUAGCUGACAAUACUUCGAGAAACAAACUAUCAACACCCUCUCACACUUCGCUGUUAUUAUCUCCACCUUGACAUUGCUGCCCUCAUGAAAGUGCUGCUGAUAGACUACAUAGUGCUUUCCUUAUAAAGGCCGAAACAAAUCUCUCCCAUUAAGCACUUGAUUUAAACAGUGAUUUUUCUAUGAUUUGAAACUCGUGUUGUUGUUGUUUUUUUAUGAAUUUCUCAAUAAAAGCUUUUUUAGUAUAGCGGUUUUAAAUCUUAAUUAAAUACAUGCUUUAUUAAGUGUUGAAAUGCAUGACGACAUUAUAAAACAAGUCAUUCAACUGAUAUAAUUAUACUCUUGGAACAAUUGACUAGGGUAAUAGACUGUAUGUAUAUGAAAAUGCCUCGCAAUUCGCGCAAUAGUGUGCUUGUAAAUGUGUCCAAAUUUAUUGUAUUGGAGCACUUUGACAUUAUUCGUGAUAAUUGUAGUGUGUGACAGUAAGUAAUAAUCUAUGUAUACUCGUAUGUUAACAAUUAUAUUCAAUUAUUUCAUUUCUAAAGCAGAUAUUUCCUACGUGUUGCCAUUUCAAAAGUCCUGUCUCAUUUUCCUGCGACAUCUUUAACAUGUUGUGUUUUAUGAUUGUAGACUUUCUUCAUGUCAAUCAUUUCUUUCGUUAUUUAUGUUUUUCAGACAUUUGCAAUUGUAAAAGUAAAUAUCAAAUGUGAAUAUUAAACAUGAUGCUUUAUUAUCGGUCUGAUGUAUACAUUAUGACGUUGCUUUCUUUUGAUGUGUCCAUGGAUUAAUAUGAAUUGUAUAUUUAAGAAUUUGGUAGUAUUUAGUGUUUGAGGAAUGUGCGUUGCUUGGUCCCAUUCGAAGUGAGUACAUAUUCGUGUUUUAAAGUUGUGUGUGCCUUAACUGCGGGACAACUUUGCAUACGCUAAUUACCAACGUAGUCUUUAAUUCGGUGUAUGUGGUUUUUUAAGUUUGAGCUAUAUAAUUUAAAGUUCGAAACAUGUAAAUGUGUAUGUUGGUAACAAACGACCAUGGCACGAUGAAUUCUGAUUUUGUUUUGUUAUAGGUAUGAUGAUAGUUUGCGCUUAAAUUCUCACUUUGAUAUAGACAUUAACUGUUUUUCCGUAAUCUGUAGCCAUGUUAUGUUUUUUCCAGUAUUAAAUGUGUUUCUUGAAUUUGUAAAUAUAAAUAAAUAACGUACUUUCUUCUUUUCUUAACAUCUAAACUUUUCGCAAAAAAUAAAACUAGGUUAUACAGCU